AUGAGUGGGAAUACUGGUGACAGCUCCACGAGCAGCACUGCAGGCACCCGAACGAAAGAUGGGGUGCCCACCUGGAACGGUGAGGCCAACUCCUUCGUGGCUUACGAGGAGGCAGCGCUGUUAUGGGAGCAAUCUCUCACCUGGGAGAAGAGAUACACCGCGGGGCCACGGUUAGUCCAGGAGCUAACCGGGGCUGCCAAGCGGUUGGUGGCCGGAAGAGACGCCGGCUGGGUGGCCUUCCGAGGCGGAGUCACGAUCCUCAUGGACCACCUGCGGAAGGCCUUGGGGAAACCUCGAGUGAACGAGGUAACGGACCUGCUGGCCACCUACUUCAAAGGCUGCAAGCGGAAGAGCCAGGAGUCCAUGAACGAGUAUGUGACUCGCAAGUUUGAGGCCUACUUCCGGGCCAGCCAGGCUUUGAAGCGGGUGGCACCGCACUAUGAGACAGAGUCCAUGGCCACGACGACGGGAGCUCCUGUCUGGAGCCGGCGUUCCAGCUGGGACAACCGGAGCUGGCAUAGCAGUGGCCCCAGUGAGACAGAGUCUGCGGGGCCAGCCCCACUGGGAGUGGUCCUCUUCGGCAUCUUCUACGACCUCCACACAAGAGAGUGGGGGGAGGAGCUGCGCAACCAGUUCCCGGAGACCGAAGUCCGGCGACGUGACCAAGGCAGACGCUUCCAAGGAUUCAUAGGUGACAUCCCCGAGGACUCCGACGAGGACCUGGAGAUCUCCGGCAACACGACUGCCGAGCUGCUGGAGGAGGGCUUGACUGCAGAGGGGGCGGCGCUCAUUGUAGAUGCAGAGUCACAGGCUCAAGAAGCUUUGGCCGCUCUCCACCAAGCACGACGCACCCUUCGAGACGCACGGCAGCGACAACAUCAGGUGAAGCAGUCGAGGAAGUACUACACUUCCGGGAGCUCAGCGAAAUCUUCGGCCGGAAGCUCAGCCCCUUCGACCCGAGACGAUUCCCAGUUGGACUGUCUUCGUUGUGGGAAGCGGGGGCACAGGGCAGCCAACUGCCCCCACAAGCCGAUCUCCGCCCAGGCUGAUGGGACCUGGCCUGCUGCAGGGAGCGAACCACAACAGGCACCCUUCGUCUGCUAUGCGGACACCGGUGAAGUCGAAAGCGCCUUCACGGGUACAGGCUGGGAGGGCCUCACGACUCAAGAGGCGGUGAAGGCGGUCCUCCAGAAGAACCUUUGUGAUCAUGGAGACAGCCGACUUCGUGGCGUGAGCACCCUGGGCGUCCCCACGUUCUCCUUCGGCAACUCCACGGUUGUAAAGGAGAAGUGGCAUCUUGUGUAUGUGGCAGCAAUCCUGGCUUACAAGUUAGCCCUCCGGUACUUGCUCGUGACUUGCCCCAACAUGGCCGGCCUCAGUUCCAUGACGAAGUCGGACAUGAUCUUGGUCCUUCGCACGUAUGGCGAAGAGCCACCAACAGCAUGGACUCGAGUGGACCUGCGCCAUCGGAUCGACGAGCUGGUGGAGAGCAAGGAGAUCGAGAUCCAGACGGGCAAGAAGGCUGGCACGGCCUUGCAAAAGGCAACCACGGAGCUGAACAAGACGAGCCGCAAAAAGUCCGACUUGAUCCACCAUGCGCAGACCAACCUCCUGCUGUCGGAUGGCGACUUGAUGGGGUACGGGAAAUUCUCCAAUCGAACGUACCUCGAUGUGAAGGAGAACGAGCCCAAGUACUGCGAGUGGACCAAGGCCAUCAGCAAGGAGGAGAGCACUUCGACCUACAUGAAGCGGUUCGUCGACUACCUCAUGCAGCCCGAGGAGACCGAGAAGAAGCGGUCCCCGAUCAAGGUCAACACCGUGAAGGACACGGCCAAGAAAGGAUACAAGACCGAGGUGGUGAAGCGGGAGGAGGGGAGCGCGCCUCUACCCACUUCGACGGCAAGCUCCUCGACGGAAGCCACGGUGAACCAGCUGACCCAGUUGGCGGGGACCCUGAUUGCGGAAGUGAAGGAGCUGAAGGAGGAGCCCUCGACGGCGGUCCCCCGGAAGAUCGCGGCCACCUCGGAUGUGAAGAUGGGCACCUCCCACAAG